GUUGCUCAGCGCCGCAAGCAUGCCUAUGCAGGACCGAGUGCUUCUAAUGCCUGCGAUUGCAGACAGACAUGCCUUCCUAUGGAACAAGAAGGUGAUUCAAUCUACAGACUUUGAAGUCGUCUUCGCAAUUUCUGGCAGCCUCCCGCGAAACACGCAACAGGAUGGAAGUCUGGCUUUCUGGAUGGGCACGGAGGAUUGCACGAAGAGCUUCAACGAGAAGGCACUGGUGGAGAAAGUGCUGCGCGAUAGGAACAUGGAUUGGAGAGUCGGUUUGAAAGAGCUUGGGUACUCUGAGAAUGGCUACAAGCCCGACUUCAAGGGAAUUGCCGUCAUUUUCCUCCCCUUUGACCGGGAUCGGAAACUCAGGCAGACGGUGGCUGCGGUAUUCUCAGAUGGGACACGGCCCAUCCCGACGCCUCUGGAAGAUGUGCUGAAGGACUCCAGGGCAACGGUUGUGACUGGCGACUGGCUGCCGGACAAGAACACCGCUGUGCAUGCAGAGCUCUUUGCCUGUCGGCCGAAGAAUUUCUGGAGUCAAGCAGAGAUGCUGCAAAAGCCAUUGACGAAGAUCGAUCAGGGUAUGGCUCAUCUUGCGGGAGCCGUGUGGUCCUGGGCUCCAGACGGCUCUUUCACUGGAGAAUCUUAUCAGGUGCCCGUGCCGAACAUGUUCUACGGCUUUACAGGUUACAGCGGCACCAAGUUCGGUAUGGAGGUGAACUUGAACUACUUGGGCACCUUCAACCAUGAUCCACACGUGGUGGGAGAGGACGGCUUCAGCAUUGCCCAGUCACAGCAGUGGAAAGCGGCCCUAGCUGAUGAAGCUCGCUUUAUCGAUCGGGUCUCACAGCGUGAGGCCAUCGAGCGCUUGACUAAGCUCCUUGCAGACCAUGUUGCCGAAGAAGGAGCCCUGGAGGAAGCGAUCAGGUCUGACCUGGUCACUUUGGAUGGUCGCCUCGAGCACCUGAGUGCGGAUGUCGGCACCUACUUGGCAGCAACCGAGGCCCCUAGCAGCGACAAGAUGUGGGAGAUAAUCAAGAUGAGCUUCCUGCAAGUUGCCAGCGUGUUGGAAAGCAUUGGGCUGUUGCAUUACUUCGAGUAUUUCCUGCAGCGUGGCAUUCUCGGGGCAAAGCACAUGCGCUUGCUCACGCUGCAGUAUGUGCAGACGAAGAUGCCAAGAAUUGCCGACCCCGAUGAUCAAGAGGCCAUUGUGGAUGCGGCCGCGACGUGCAUGCAGAGCGAGGACAUGCGCUUCUUUGAGGCAAGGUACGGUGAUGUGGACAGGCUAGUGUUGGACUGCCAGCAUGCUCGCCGUUUCCUGUCAGAGAAGACGAUUCAUGAACAGUGGCUUCUGGAUCAGUAUGAUUUGACGAGUCCGCUGCAUGAGGACACAAACAGCUUCCACACGAAAUGGCACGUACCAGCGCCGGAUCUCGAGUUGUGGCAGGAGCUGAACACCCAUGCAGAUUGGGUGGCAGCCACGGGCUGCGACGGCUUUCUUUUUCUUUGGCCUGUCAUUCCCGGAAAUCGAGUUCCACCGGUUGUAAGGUGCAAGCAGCUCCACUCCAUGCCAUGCACUGACUUCGCCGUCGAUUGGCGGAAGAUGCAGUUUGUGACGUGUGGAGUUGACGGCAAGAUCUCCGUGUACAAUGUGCAGGAGGAUCCGAAGAAGGAGCACCCGGACUCGUUUAAAGACAGAACUGCAGAGCAAGGCUUUUUGUGCAUUGACGCGGUGCUUGAAGAUGGCAAGGCAGCUGUUGGAACAAACUUUGGUGCCAUCAAAAUUGUGGAUUUGCAAAGGCAAGCAUUUGUGUCGUCGCUGCCUGGCCAUCAAGAUCACUGCAAGGGUCUUCGUGUGGACUGGGAAGAGAACGUGGCAGUAUCCUGCUCGUGGGACAGCUUCGUGCAUUGGUAUGAUUUGAGAUCAGCAAAGCUCAUCCACAAAUUCGAGGGACACAAUGCCAACUGCAAUGCCAUCGACGUGGACUUUCACCACUGGAUGGUGGCAUCAGCAGCCAACGAGUACCGUUUCAUCUUGUGGGAUCUGAGGAAAUGUUGCCAGUUUGCAAUGUGUGAAACUCCUGGUCACAACCCGAACUGCCUUGCGAUGGAUUGGGCAAGCAAAAGACUCGCAACGGGUUCUGAUGAUGGGCUCGUAAAGAUCUGGUCUCUGGAUGUGGAUGGUGGCAAGCCGACGUGGGAGUCGUCCAUCGAUUGCAAGCAUGAAAUGACAGUCGCCGUCGAUGCCGAUUUCGGGAAGAAGCGUAUCGUCACUGCUUCCUGGGACUACAAUGUCGACCUCUGGGACCUUGAGACCGGUGAGUUGCUCCACCACUUCCUCAAGCCACGCAGGUGUAUGACACAGGUCAGAAUGAAACUAAGCCACCCAACUGGAGGCUGA